CCGGAGCCGGCCGGGCGCGGAGCAUGGGGCUGGCGGCUGCCGAGGCGCCGGCGGGCUGGGGAGGGCCCGGCCCGGCGGCGAGAGGGGGCUGCGCCGAGCGCUCCGCGGCCAGGCCCGGCCGGUAGGGCAGCCGCACUCCCGCCCCGGCGGGCCAUGGCCGAGCCCGAGCCCCCCGCGGCGGCCCGGCGGUGGCGAGACGCCGCCCUGCGCGCACGGAAGCUGCGGAGCAACCUGCGGCAGCUGAGCCUGGGCCCCCGCGAGGAGCCGGAGCCCGCCGGGCCGCCCGCGCCGCGCCGCCCGCCGCUGCCCGCCGGGCCGGGCGAGCCGGCGGCGCUGAGCCUGAGCGGGCGCGGCCUGGAGGAGCUGCCCGAGGGGCUGGGCGCCGCGCUGGGCGGCCUGCGCGUCCUCAGCCUGCGCAGGAACCGCCUGUCCCGGCUCCCCGCCGCGCUGCGCCACCUGGGCCGCCUGGCCGAGCUCGACCUCAGCCACAACCGGCUGGGCGGCCUGGGGGACGGCGAGGCGCUGGCGCCGCUGCGGGAGCUGCGCAAGCUGAGCCUGAGCCACAACCAGCUGGGCGCGGACGGCGCGGCGCUGCCCGGGCGGCUGGGCGCGCUGCGGCGGCUGGAGGAGCUGGACCUGAGCUUCAACCGCCUGCGCCGCCUGCCCGAGGCGCUGGGCCGCCUGCCGCGGCUGCGCUCGCUGGACGUGGACCACAACCAGCUGCCCGCCUUCCCGGCGCCGCUGCUGGAGCUGGGCGCGCUGGAGGAGCUGGACUGCUCCGGCAACCGGCAGCUGCGCGUGCUGCCCGAGGGCAUCGCCGCCUUGCGCUGCCUCAAGAUCCUGUGGCUGAGCGGCACGGGGCUGGGCGCGCUGCCCGAGGGGCUGUGCCAGCUGGGCGCCCUGGAGAGCCUCAUGCUGGAUGGGAACCAGCUGCGGGUCCUGCCCCCCGGCUUCGGCCGCCUGCAGCGCCUCAAGAUGCUGAACCUCUCCUCCAACCUGCUGGGUGAGUUCCCCGAGGCCGUGCUCGCCCUGCCCAGCCUGGAGGAGCUCUACCUGAGCCGCAACCAGCUGCCCUUGCUGCCUGCCCGCCUCUGCCAGCUGCACCAGCUCCGCACCCUCUGGUUGGACAACAACCGGAUCCGCUACCUGCCCGACUCCAUUGUGCAGCUCCACAGCCUGGAGGAACUCGUGCUGCAGGGCAACCAGAUCGCCAUCCUGCCCGAGGGCUUUGGGCAGCUCUCCCGGGUCACCCUCUGGAAGAUCAAGGACAACCCGCUCAUUCAGCCCCCUUACGAGGUUUGCAUGAAGGGCAUCCCCUACAUUGCUGCUUACCAGCAGGAGUUGGCCCACUCCCAGCCUGCUCUCAAGCCCCGGCUCAAGCUGGUCCUCAUGGGCCUGAAGGAUGCUGGCAAGACCUUGCUGAGAAGGUGCCUGAUGGAGGAGGAGAGGCAGAGAGACUCUCCCCUGGCUGCAGCUGGCAAAGAUGGUGGGAGAACCCAGCAGCAACAAGACAUCGCUCUGGGCCUGACUCCUGAAGGUGGUGGGAAAAUACAGCUAGGACACAGCCCCAUCACUGAGCCCCGAGAUGCUUCGACUUCAAAAGGCUCCUCGGUAGGACAUACCUCCAUUGAGCAGCAGGACCCAUUGCUGUCCUCGUCCCUUAAAGUUGCUGGGAAAAUCAGGUUAGAGCACCAGGACGUCUGCCUGUCUCCAUCCCCAAAAGUUAAUGGGGAAGCCCAGAUAGGACACUUCCCCGUGCUGCUGGAGCGAGAUGCCCCCCUAACGCCAUUGGUAGCAGGCCUGACCGGCACCAGACAGGGUAUCGAGGUGACGGACUGGACAGCAGAUGCAGAGAGGGGUCUGACUUUCAUUGUGUAUGAGCUGGCGGGUGACCCUAGCUACGACGUGAUCCAAUCCUUCUUCCUUUCGCCGGGAGCCUUGUAUGUGCUGGUGGUGAACCUGAGUGCCUACACCCCACAUUGCUUCUACUCUGCAGUGGGCUACUUCCUGCACUGGCUAGGUGCCAAAGUGCCCCAUGCUGUAGUGUGCAUGGUGGGCACGCAUGCUGACCUGUGUGCUGAGCGGGAACUGGAGGAGAAGUGCCUGGACAUCCACCACCAAAUUGCCCUUCAGGAGAAGCGGGAUGCCGAGGGACUCCAGAGCUUGGCCCAGCAGGUGGACAAUGCCCUGGGACAGGACUUUGACCUGCGUUGCUCCAGCCCCCACACUGCCUUCUAUGGGGUUUCAGACAAGAACCUGCGGCGCAAGAAGGCCCAGUUCCAGUAUCUGCUCAACCACCGGCUGCAGAUCCUCUCGCCGGUGCUGCCCAUUAGCUGCCAGGACCACUACCAGGUGCGCCGCCUGCGGGACAAGCUUCUGUCAGUAGCUGAGCACCGGGACAUCUUCCCAAACCUGCACCGGGUGCUACCCAAGUCCUGGCAGGUGCUGGAAGAGCUGCACUUCCAGCCGCAGGCUCAGCAACUGUGGCUCAGCUGGUGGGAUUCGGCACGGCUGGGCUUGCAGGCGGGCCUGACCGAGGACCGACUCCAGAGCGCCCUGUCCUAUCUGCAUGAAAGUGGCAAGCUCCUGUACUUCGAGGAACAUCUGACUCUGCGGGAGUACGUAUUCCACAAUCUGCCUGGGCUCAUUGACAUCCUCAACGUCUUCUGCCAGCGGGACACCACGGUGCUGCUCCAGAAACUGCUCAGUGACACCCAUAUAGAUGAACUGAGAACCACCCAGCUCCACCACUACGUGGAAGGGUUCCUGCUGCAUGGGCUUCUUCCUGCCCAUGUUAUCCGCCUGCUUCUCAAACCCCAUAUCCAGAGCCGGGAGGACCUGCAGCUUAUCCUGGAGCUGCUGGAGAAAAUGGGGCUCUGCUACUGCAUCAAUAAGCCCAAAUGCAAACCCCUGAAUGGGGCCACUGCCUGGUACAAGUUCCCCUGCUAUGUGAAGAACGAGGUGCCCCAUGCAGAGGCAUGGAUUAAUGGUACCAACCUGAGCGGACAGUCUCUUGUCAUUGAACAGUUGCAGAUUGAAUACACCUUCCCCUUCAUUUUCCCAUCUGGGUUAUUUGCACGCUACAGUGUCCAGAUUAACAGCCAUGUGGUUCAGCGGUCCGAUGGCAAAUACCAGAUUUAUGCCUACAGGGGGAAGGUACCUGUGGUGGUGAGUUACAGGCCUGCUAGGACCACUCAGCAGCCAGACACUCUGUCUAUUGCUAGUCACGCAUCUCUACCAAAUAUAUGGACAGCCUGGCAAGCUAUUACCCCCUUAGUGGAAGAACUGAAUGUACUGCUUCAAGAAUGGCCAGGUCUGUACUACACCGUGCACGUCCUCUGUUCCAAGUGCCUUAAAAGAGGAUCGCCAAACCCAUACGCUUUUCCAGGAGAAUUGCUGAGUCAGCCUAGACCAGAGGGAGUGACGGAGAUCGUCUGCCCCAGGAAUGGCAGCGAGCGAGUCAAUGUUGCACUGGUUUACCCCCCCACCCCGACAGUCAUCAGCCCUUGUUCCAAGUGAGCUCUGAGAGACGCACGGACCCCCAAUUUCAGUACACGCCAAAAACCCUACAUAAGACAAGCCCUUGCUAAGCAUUUUUGAAAACUAGCCACCACAGAGCCCAGGGACUGUUCUAAUUAUUAGUGGGAUGUGGACAUCCCAUUCUCAGAAUAAAGAUGAAUGACAAUGCUAGUGCUAAAGGUUUUAUAUCGGGCGGCGUGUGAAACCGUGGUGUGGCUGAAGGAUCUGUAGGGCUACUGUCUCUCUUGGGUUUGGAGUCCUGCCUUUACAGCAAGACCAGACUUUGGAACUCUGAACUAUUUGAAGUGGGAACACAGCUAAGUGUGUCUAUCCUGAGAUACCCUUGAGAACUGAAGUGUACAGCGCAAUCUGAGGGUCACUGAUGACCAGAUGUGAUGUGAAACAAUAGUCUUGCAGCAAUCAGAUGGCAUCAUUAAUGGCCGGAGAUGAAACACUGGGAUUGAAAUUCUAUUGACCCUUCGAUUACCUGCUGUGCACCCAUUUGGACCUGUUGAUGAAUGUAAAAAUGUUCUGAGUACUGUUUCAUUCAGAUGUAACUGAAGAAAAGUCAGCUGAGACUUGCUGUUGUGGAGCUUCCUGGAGUUGCUCCCAUACAGAGGAAGAAACUAGUGAUUUGUUGCUGUGAUGUUAAGUGAGGAAAAGAAAACCCCGGACUUGAAUCUCUUUCCCAGCUGGAAGACCGUUUCCUAAUAACUCGGCGUGAUCUAUGAACACACUAACAAGAAGAGUUCAGAUGUUUUCAAGGAAUAAAUGCCGUGGCUUGGUAAAGCAGAACUGAGUAAAUGUUUUACACCUGAACCUUAGAAUCAUGAUCAUCCUCCAAGGAAGAGCUGCUUGACAAACGAACUGUGUGAGCGGCUUCUCAGGGAUUCUGUUUGCUGUACACAAAUAGCCAUAAUGUUGGGAUUGAUGGCAGUAUUUAGAGCACUCCAGUUUGUUUCUAUUUCAUGUGGAAGCGGGAUCAUUCACCUGAAGUUCACUGCUGUUCCUUAACUGGUGUGGAACAAUGUGGUUUGUCUUUAUUUUUGUAAUGUGCAAAACCAUUUAAUUUUCUACACAGUUUAAAGCUUCUAGCAUUAGUGACCACUGGGUGCAAUAUUCUGCUUGGUAGCCCUGUCAAAUAGUCCGUGGGUUCUUGGUUUGUUGUCGAUAUGUUCAAGUAUCUAUCACUGUUCUUGUGUCCCUCACACACAAUGUUAGCUCACCAAGUACACUCCAGACUAUCACUGUUGAGCAGCUCACAGUAGCGGCUGCUUCUGGGGACGUUCUCCCCUCUCCGUGGUGAGGAUAUGCUGCCUGAUGUUAAUCAUCCCUGUCUCUCUUCACUUCCAAGAAACCCAAAAGAACCCCCCAGCCUGAGGCAGAACAAGGCAGCCAGAAGAUACUAGUUUGGGAAUACCUUCACUUCCAAGUGCCAUGCUUCAACACAGCACAAUGGCAAGGAGCAGGGGGACUAGGCAUUCAAUGAAAAUAAUCUGUGACUAAUCACAGGCCAAGGAUCAGUGAAAUUGGUGUCGCUGACCUCGUAAUGGAGGAGACGGUGCUAAGGUGGGCAGGGAAACAUACAUUUUCAGCCUGCAUGCACACUCCUCACUGUCAUACUAUGCUUGGGAGUUAAUGAACUGUUGUGGUCAAGCCGACAUUCUCAACCAGAGAGCAGAAUAUUGUGCUCACUAACCGGUUGCCAGUCUUCAGGUUGCUGUCUGAUCUGUGUUCUACAUAAAUAGCACAGUUCAGAAGGGCAAACCAAUAAAUCAUUUACCCUUGGGGCAACAAUGGGAGGCAGACAGCACCAUUAUUCUUUGGGAUGUGACCAGUAGCAUCUUAUAUUGCAUUUAAAAGCAGAAUCCCAGCACUGAAGAGGCAGUUCCAGUUAAAUGAAGCUCAAAUGCAGCAGCUUACUUUGUGUGUUGACAGAAAAUGUGCAUAACUACAUGUGCUGGAUUGAGGGCCUAUCCGUUCACUGAACAAGCACAGCCCGGGCCGUGGGCAUUUGCCAGUCAACGUACAUGCUGAUUUGCUUCAACGUACUGUGGAGCUACCCGCCUUGGGCAGGUCAGUGCUCAGGCUAACUGGCUACUUCACCUCUGUGGAAGCCGGUCCAGCAGGAACUGGAUGGAGGCACCAACUCAUUUCAUAGGCCAGAGAGCAGAAGUCAAAUGUAAGAACAUCUGGUCACUACCAAUCUAUGCUGAAAGGCUUCAGCUAACGUUGCAAGGCUGCAGCUUGGCUUUCAGUGAUACCGUGAUGGGAUGUUGCUGGGAAGACGUCUAUCAGGCCUUUGAAAGAUCAUGGCAGCUCCAAAGAUGUGAUGCGCCAAAAGAAGAGCCUUUCUGCUGCGAUUAUAUCAGACUUCAGCUAACUAGUCUGCUGGCCCCAGCCAGGUGUCAUGCACUGAUAUGGCUUCAGAAGCUAGCUCAGGACUCUGGGGCCCCCACAGCUCCCGCCUUUUUUGCAAGGACAAAUUGAAAAUGUGUGGGGCAAGUCUUGCAGCAAUGGUUCCUAAUAGGAUAAUCUUACCCUUCACUACCCUCCAUUGAGCACUAUUGUGAAUGGACACUGUGGCCCAGAGAGCUUUGUGGCUUAAAUCUUGAAUUCAGUUUUCCCGACUAAACUCUGUUACGCCAUUAAAAAAAAAAGUCUACUUCUGC